CAUGUUUUUUAACGAAUCAAUUCAGUUUCGUUUGUUUCGUUCGAUGACCUUGUAAAUGUCAGUUUUAUGUUAAUAGCUGAAUCGAAGUUAACUGAUAUUUAAAUAAUUAUUGAUACAGACGUCACUGAGAAAGUUGGUAGUAUUUGUUACGACUGUAUAUACGAUAUGAAAAUUCCACAAUUGCUAUUGCUUAGAAAUGGCAGAUGCAGAUUCACAAUUGAAGCGGCUCUUAUUGCCAGCAGAAGAGAGUCUAUUUGAUCAAUUAUUAAGAUUUGGUCUAUAUAUUGGUGCAGUAUUUCAAAUUAUAUGUCUAUUGGCCAUAGUGGUUUAUCAAGCUGGCCCUUCUGAUAAUGUGGCUGCUUUAAAGGAUGACCCAAGCGAUGUAGAGUGCUCAGAAAAUAGUCCUCAGGUUACUCCAAGAAGACCACAUAGACCAAGAAAGCAAGAAAAGAAAAAAAGACGUUGAAUUAUUUUAUACAAUUUAAUAUAAGUUAAUAGUCUAAUUACUAUUUUUAUCUUA